AUGCUCACUCAAAAAAUUGCAACGUUUUUGGUCAAUAUAAGGAAUAAAUUAUCUAAAGAAGAAUGUAUUGAAUGCAUUGUUUGUUAUAAUCAAGUGCCGUUAAAGUCAAUUAUUUAUUGUUUUGUGCCUGUUGAAAGGAAGGAUAUUUUAACGAGUGAAUUGGCUGUUUUUGAUAAUUUUGAAUUUGAACGAGUUUUGAAUGGAAAAAUUUGUGAAAAGAAGGAAGUGAAACUUAAAAUUGAAGGUAAGGGAGGGGAUUGGGAAAUUGAAAAAAAUAAAUUUCCAGAAAUAUCUGACCCUCAAUCACAUCCAUUCUGUCGUGACUGUAUUCUCGGCUUAGCUACAGCAGCUGUUGGAGAAAUUCCUUUAGCUAAGGGAGGUAUUGGAUUGCGUUGUAUGAUGACUGGGUGUGACAAUCCUAUUUUAUAUUAUACGCAAUAA